CCCAAGCGUGCAGAUGGCGUUGCCCUGACUGCAGAUCUUUGAGGGUUCAUGCCUCCGUCGGUGAUUUUGACAAUAAGCAGAAAGAAGAAUGGCUCAUCCUCGUCAACGACGGCAGCAGCGUCAGCAUGAACGCCCUACGUUCCUCUGCGCCGUGACCGUCGCGUGUGUGGUGUCGUCGGCCGCCGCCUUUGUGCCCGUUCAGCUCAUUGGAGGCGAGAGGGGUCUGCGGCCUGCUCCUGCUGUCAGGCAAGGCCAUCAUCAUGACUCACAGCAAAGGAGGGCUUCAACGCUCUUUCUCACAGGUAGCAUGCACCAACCAAACCUCACCCGUGUGCUGUGCUGCAGAUGCGGGCGGGAGUUCACUCUUCUGUAUGUGUGUGUGCCUUUGUGUGUGGCGUGGGUUGAACUCCUUCCUCAUCAGGUCUGUCAGAUGAAGCACCGGGUGUGGGUGGUGGGGUGGAUGAGCGCCGUGUUGAGUGCCUCAAGAGCCUCAAAGGCGUCAUCGACCCUGAUCUGGGGCAGGACAUCGUCACGCUCGGUGAGUGAGGAAUGUGUUCAACAGUACAGACAUGCACACACACACACACACGUGGGAGAAGUGUGCUAGUGACACUGAUGUGCCUGGCUGGCUGGCUGGCUGGCUGGCUGAUGAUCCAUCAGGUUUUGUCAAGGGUCUGACGAUAGAUGAGUCGACGGGCAACGUGGCCAUGACGGUCGAACUCACAACGCCCGCAUGCCCUAUGAAAGACCAAUUCAGGUGCGUCGCUCCCGCCAGCCUCAGAACACACCAUAACACACCAUAACACACCGCACCGCGCGCACACACGCAGACCCACGUACGCGGUGGCCUGUCCAUCUCUCCCCUCUCUCUCUCUCUCUCUCUUUCUCUCUGUCUUGCAGAGAGAGCAUCACGUCAGCGCUUGAAGUGCUCCCCUGGGUGAACGGCGUGGACAUCACUUUCACCUCUCAGCCCAUCGGCACACGCCCCUCGCCACUCUCACUCGAUGGACAGAGGCAGCAACACGCCCCUGGUACCCAUGUGCACACACACACACACACACACACAUGCACAUGCCCCCAAAGAAUGACACACUUUUGUGUGUGUGUGUGUGUGUGUGUGGAUGCAGGUGGGACGUCCCGCGUGCGGGCGAUCAUCGCUGUGUCGUCGUGCAAGGGCGGGGUCGGCAAGUCGACCACCGCCGUGAACCUCGCCUUCGCACUCAAACACAUGGGCGCAAAGGUGCGCAUGGGCGAGGGGGGCGUGGGUCUGGACGGAUGGAUGGAUGGAUGGAUUGGUGCGUGUGCCGGUGUGAAUGGUGUGCUUUGGUUUGGUGUGUCGCGUGACAUGACAUGACGUAGGUUGGGAUCCUAGACGCUGACGUGCAUGGCCCUUCGUUGCCCACCAUGGUGCGGCCGAGCGAGCCGGUGGUGACCAUCGAAGAGGUCCCUGCCGAAGACGGACAAACCGUGCAGGUCAGCAUUAGCAUGCACGCAGCCAUAGACAGACAGAUGGACGAGGGAUGAAGUGUCCAUGUUGCUCUGUGUGUGUCCGUCCGUCUGUGUGUCGGGGUGUGUCACACACAGAUUCUGAAGCCGAUCGAUCACGAUGGUGUGAAGCUGAUGUCGUUUGGGUUCAUCAACCCGAUGGCGGCCGUGAUGCGGGGGCCCAUGGUGACCAACCUGCUGAAGCAGUUCGUGGGCUACACGGACUGGGGCGAGCUCGACUACCUUGUGGUCGACAUGCCCCCCGGUACCUGCACACACACACACACACACACACACACACGCUUGCACACCGUUGUCAUGGUGGCGAUGUGCUGGGUGGGUGCAGGCACCGGCGACAUUCAGUUGACGUUGUGUCAGAGCCUCGACAUCACGGCGGCAGUUAUCGUCACCACACCACAGAGGCUCGCGUUCACUGACGUCGUCAAGGUCACCCACAUGGAUAGAUGAGUGGAUGGAUGGAUGGAUGGAUGGACAGCCCCCCGUGUGUGUGUGUGUGUGUGUGUGUAUGUGUUGUCUUCUGUGCUCAGGGAAUUGACAUGUUUGACACGGUCAACGUCCCAUGUGUGGCGGUGGUCGAGAACAUGGUGAGACGCCAUCGACACACACACACACACACCACACUUGAACACAAACCACCACAUGGAUGCGAUGCACCCUUUACCAGGCGCACCUCACGACAGACGACAUCGACACCGACCGCCUCGCCCGCGACAUCGCCGCAGCCACAUCCAUGACAGACCAACAGCUGAGAGAUCAGCUGUCCAUUCAGAACGGUACACACAUACACACACACACACACACACAUGAAUGGAUGGAUGGAUGGAUGGAUAGACAGACAGACAGACAGACGCGCGUGCGUGUGGCGUGUUGUCUGUCCCCCACAGAGGAUGGUGAAAGUGUUGGGCGGGAAGAGCUCGUCCGUCGGUGCGUCGACCGUGCGCUGAGGAGCCCCGACGUGAGGCGGAGGAAACGGAUGCAGCUCUUUGGCAAAGGGCACAGACAGAGGUGGGCGGUGGGUAGCGUGGGAGGGAAGUCAUCACCCCUUCAUGGGUGGGUGCGUCCUGUCGUCUCUUAUGUUUGUUUGUGUCAGGUUAAGUGACAUGUGGGGCAUCGACAACGCCUUUUCUCUGCCGCUGCUGCCAUCCAUCUCGCGGGCCUCUGACUCGGGCACGCCAUUCGUCGACACCGACAGUGACACAGCUGACUCAGACAGUGAAACCGGAAUCGGACCGGCAGAGAGGGAGGCCAAAGACACCUACAAGAAUAUCGCGCAAUCUGUCGUGCAGGCAAGCGACCGACCGGACCUUCGUGUGCAGUGAGUGCAUCUCCGUGUGUGUGCGUGUGUGUGUGUGUGUGUGUGUCCUUAGGAGGUGGCGAAGCUGCAGUCUCUGUCCCGCGACAAGCGUCGGCCGGCGGUGCUUUAUCUGUCUGAGGGCAACGAGCUGGUGGUGGCCUGGCAGGGGCAGCAGACGGCCAUCCCUCCCGCAGGACUGAGACGUAAGUGCCGGUGCGCCGCGUGUGUCGAGGAGGGCACCGGCAGACAGCUUCUCGACCCCUCGGUAGGAGGGAGGGAGGGAGGGACACCCCAAUACCCUCACACACACACACACACACACAGACAGAGUGCUUCACUCUGUCUGUCUCUCUCUGGAUGGAUGGAUGGAUGUGUCAGUCGGUGUCUGAGGAUAUCCGGCCGACGAGGUUAGAGCCCGUCGGCAACUAUGCUUUGGGUGUCGACUGGUCCGACGGCCACAAGUCCAUCUAUCCCUACCGCGCCUUCGUCCCCGGCUACACGAGCAGGCGCGACACGGCGUACGAGCAGCUGGAGAGCUCUCGCGACAAUGGCGACAUUGUGCUGCUGCACAGGGUGCCCGCCACCAGGCGGACUGAGUCUGAGAAAAGGGAGACUGCCGCCGCUGCUGCGGCUGCGGCUGCUGCUGCUGCUGCUGCUGCUCCUGUGGCUUCGUGACGACUGGAUGAUCCGAUGGAUGGAUGGAUGGAUGAGCUGUUGAUAGGCGUAAAUGGGACGUGCUGUGCUGUUCUGAGCUGUGGUGUGAGUGUCGUGUGUGCAGAGAAGAUGCAGAGAAGAGCUAAG